AUGAUCUACAUUGUAGAAGAAAUGAAGAAUUUCAAAGUCGAUGAAUCUUUAGUAGAGUAUGAGAAUGACGAGUAUGUGCUAGUACAAUGUGUUAGAACAUAUCUGUCUAGCCCAUUGAUAAAUAAUUUGGGAAAUUGCAAAAAUUCAAUAUAUUUUUGA